AUGUUGCCGCCCCAUAGCUCGCUCGUCAAGUACGACAGCCCGAUCUUGAUCAGCACGACCAAGGACAAGAAGGCUGGCGGAAGUAAGAAGAGCAAGAAGGAUGCGGAGAAGGGCGCGGCGCCCGGCGGUAUUCCAUCGAUCGCGGCCGCCAACUCGACGCAGACUGAGGACAUUUUGAACUCGAUCUUGCCGCCCAAAGAGUGGACGGAAGACGGCCAGCUCUGGGUGCAGUACGUGUCGAGCACGCCGGCGACGCGCCUUGAUGUCAUCAACCUUCAGGAGCAAUUGGACCUCAAGCUCCAGCAAAAGCAGGCGCGCGAGACCGGCAUCUGUCCUGUCCGCGAAGAGCUCUACGCCCAGUGCUUUGACGAGCUCAUUCGCCAAAUCACCAUCAACUGCGCGGAGCGUGGCCUGCUCCUGCUGCGCGUCCGUGUCGAAACGCGCAUGUCGAUUGCAGCGUACCAGACGCUGUAUGAAAGCAGCAUUGCGUUCGGGAUGCGCAAGGCGCUCAUGGCCGAGCAAAAGAAGAUGGACGCGGAGCUCAAACUCAAGCAGCUCGAAGCCGAUAGGAACGAGCUCGUGUCCCAAGUCGAAGAACUCAAGCUGCGCUGCGACGCCAUCACCAAGCGCGAAGAAGAGAAGCGGCUCUCGGACGAGAAGAAGCACCAGGACGAGGUCGAGUUGCUCAAGAAAGCCAACGAGCAGCUCAAGGCCAACGAGCAGCUCAAGGCCAACCUUUGGUGA